UUCAUUAUUUUGCGACGUAAAAUAAUCUUGAAAUGGUUUUCUUCUACAAUUUUAUUUAAAUGACAUAAAAAGCAAUGAAAUUCUGAUUUUUUUUCUCGAUUUUCUCGAUUUUCUCUCUAAUUGAAGCAUUGCAAGCGCUUUCGAAGUUGAUAACGUGUACUAAACGCUAAUCUGUGAUGACAUUCCAACGAAAAGUGCAAGUAGUCAGGCUGAUAAAAGAUACAAUGUUCUGUGUAAAUGUAAAUAAAGUAUGAAUAAGUGAGGUCGUACAAGUGUUUUUGCGCUUAUUUUGAUUUUUUAUUUCAAUAUCGUUGAUUGUGAAAUUAUUGAUAAAAUCGAAAGAAAAUGGGUACAGCGUGCUCAUCAUGCUUCAAGGGAGAAGAAACUGUUGUUGUUCAACCAGAUUUGGCUGCUCGACGUCAAAUGCAAGUCGAGGCCGCCGAACGUAGGCGACAGGAGAGUGAAUCGCGUGGUGUAAAAAAUCCAGAAAAAGUGAGUCGAUUGCAACUACGCGCUGAAAAAAUUGAACAGGCCGAAUUAGAAGCAGCCAAACGUGGCGAACCCGUUCUAAGAUGGACAUCUGAUUGAAAUGGUCUAGUUUUGGACAUGCACAUCUGGAGAUAGCUUACUUGCACUGUGAUAACUUCAGUUAAAUGUGAAAUUCAACCACAGAUUUAUUGUUCUUUUUAACGUUAAUAUUAUUGUUUCCACGUUCAACAACUCGUCUAUAGUCUGGCUUCUGAAUCGAAUUCUGUCGAAGUUAAAAAUAUGUCAUUUUUUAGUCAUUGAAACCAAAUUGUUGUACCGUUAUUCGUGUGCAAAUCAAAAACCAAAAAAUUUUUUUUUCGAGAAAACUUUUAAAUACAUUACACGCUCAAAAUGCCAUUUUUCUUCAGGCAAAACAGCUGUAAAUCUCCAUAAAUCUAUAUAUUCAUUGUUUACGUGUUAUUAAAUAAAUAAAAUCAUUGAAAAA